GGAAGGCUCGUAGGUGUUUGAUAACAGGAAAUAAGAAGGCUUCAAACCAGCUGAUAAGAGAGUUACUCUAAAGAAGAGCUCUGGAGCCAGUGGAGCAAUGCUUCUGCCGCGGGAAAAACACAUUGUCUGUCUUUUAGGGGCCGUCGUUUUAUUGGCACAGUGGGUGAAUGGCCAGCACUGUAUCUGGUAUGGUGAAUGUGGUAACUCUAUUUUAAUCCCAGAGAAGAAGUACAACUGCAAUUACACAGGGCCUCCUAAACCUUUACCUGAAGAAGGACAUGAACUGCUACUGGAACUGUGCCCAAAUCUUGCGGAGGGGGAAGAUGGUGUCUGCUGUGACACCCAACAGCUCAAGACACUGAAAGGAAAUAUUCAGAUUCCCCUUCAGUACUUCUCCAGGUGUCCAGCGUGUUUCUUCAACUUCAUGACUCUGUUCUGUGAACUCACCUGCAGUCCGAGACAGAGUGAAUUUCUUAUUGCAACCAAGUUCACACCAUACUCUGACAACAAAACCAAUGUGUUUGAAGUGUCCUACUACAUCAGCCAAACGUUUGCCAAUGCCAUGUAUAAUGCCUGCAGUGAUGUUCAAGCUCCUGCCACCAAUGUCAAAGCCCUCAAUAUACUAUGUGGUAAAGACGCCAGUGAGUGCACUCCCAACAACUGGAUCCAGUACAUGUUUGAUACCAGCAAUGGCCAUGUUCCUUUCGCCAUUGUCCCCUUUUUCUCAGAUAUGCCAUUUGUGGGCAUGACUCCCAUGAACAACAAAACGUUUAACUGCACAGAGCCUCUGGAUGAUGGCUCGGAACCCUGUUCCUGUCAGGACUGCAGUCGAGCAUGUGGCCCCACACCAGUCCCUCCACCAAUCCCUCAGCCCUGGACCAUCCUCGGUCUGGACGCCAUGACUGUCAUCAUGUGGUGCUCCUAUAUAUUCUUCCUGCUCCUCUUCUUUGGAGUCGUGCUGGGGGCAUGGUGUUACAGGAGGACCACAGUGACAUCUGAAUAUGGCCCAAUUCUUGACAGCAACCAGCCACUCUCUUUGAAUGGUGAUGGCACAGAGUUUCUAGAUGAAGCCACAUGCUGCGAAACGUUGGGCGAGCGUUUUGAGAAUGCUCUUCGGGUUCUCUUCAGCAGCUGGGGCUCACUGUGUGUGCGUCAGCCUCUUACUGUGAUCCUGGCUAGCGUGGUGCUGGUGUCGGCCUGCUCGGCCGGACUGGUCUACAUGCGCAUUACCACCAACCCGGUGGAGCUGUGGUCUUCGCCCAGCAGCAGGGCAAGGCUGGAGAAGGACUACUUCGACCAGCACUUCGGACCUUUCUUCCGCACCGAGCAGCUUAUCAUCACCACCCCGUGGACUGAGUCCUUCGACUUUUCAACCAUAACUGGAGACUUCAUCACCUUCUCUCCUAUUCUGAACAUAUCACUGCUCCAUCAGGUGUUGGAUCUCCAGACAGAAAUAGCAAAUCUGACAGCUGAAUAUAAAGGAGAGACAGUGACUCUGAAAGACAUCUGUGUGUCUCCUCUGGCUCCAUACAAUGAAAAUUGUAUCAUUUUGAGUGUGUUAAACUACUUCCAAAACAGCCAUGAAGUCCUGGAUCAUGAGGAUUACAAUGGUUUCUUUGUUGUCACUGACUACCACUCUCAUUUUCUAUACUGUGUCAGUUCUCCCACAGCCCUGGAUGACACAAGCAAAUAUCAUGACCCCUGCAUGGGCACAUUUGGAGGGCCAGUUUUCCCCUUGCUAGCUCUUGGGGGAUAUGAAGGCACUGCCUACAACAAUGCCACAGCUCUAGUGAUCACCUUUCCUGUCAACAACUACCUGAAUGACACAGACAAAUUAGGCAAAGCCUUGGCAUGGGAGAAAGAGUUCAUUAAGCUUGUGAAAAACUACGACAACCCCAACCUGACCGUCUCAUUCAGCUCGGAGCGCAGCAUUGAGGACGAGAUUGAACGUGAGAGCAACAGUGACGUCAACACCAUUGUGAUCAGCUACAUCAUCAUGUUUGUGUACAUCUCACUCGCUCUGGGCCACAUACAGAGUUGUCGGACACUGCUGGUGGACUCUAAGAUCUCUCUGGGAAUUGCUGGCAUCUUGAUUGUACUUAGCUCAGUGGCCUGUUCACUGGGGAUCUUCAGCUACAUUGGCAUCCCCCUCACACUUAUAGUCAUUGAGGUAAUCCCUUUCCUUGUGCUGGCUGUGGGAGUGGACAACAUCUUCAUCAUCGUGCAGACCUACCAGAGAGAUGAGAGAAUGCCUGAGGAGGAACUUCAUCAGCAGAUUGGUCGUAUUCUCGGAGAGGUGGCUCCCAGCAUGUUCCUCUCUUCAUUCUCAGAGACUGUGGCUUUCUUUUUAGGUGCUCUCUCCAGCAUGCCUGCAGUGAGGACGUUUUCUCUGUUCGCUGGUCUGGCCGUCUUCAUAGACUUCCUCCUGCAGAUCAGCUGCUUUGUGUCUCUGCUGGGACUGGACAUCAGGAGACAAGAGGCAAAUCGGGUGGAUAUAUUAUGCUGUGUGAAGUUGCCUGAGAGACAGCAAGCGAAAUCCGAUGGAUGUCUGUUCCAGUUCUUUAAGAAAAUAUACGCUCCUUUUGUCUUGAAGGAUUGGGUGCGCCCCCUGGUGGUUGCUAUUUUUGUGGGCAUGCUCUCAUUUAGUAUAGCCGUCGUUAACAAAGUGGAGAUUGGACUUGAGCAGACCCUGUCUAUGCCCGAUGACUCGUAUGUGCUGAAUUACUUUGGGAACCUGAGUGAGUACCUGCAUACAGGUCCUCCAGUGUAUUUUGUGAUAGAAGACGGACAUGACUACAAAACAACUGAGGGUCAGAACUCUGUGUGUGGCGGAGUGGGCUGCAAUAAUAACUCUCUUGUCCAGCAAAUUUAUUCCGCCUCACUCAUGAGUAACUACACUAGGAUCAGUAAUGUUCCGUCGUCGUGGCUGGAUGACUACUUUGACUGGGUGAAGCCACAGUCCUCCUGCUGCAGAUAUUAUAACACCACAGGAGCUUUCUGCAAUGCUUCAGUUGUGGAUAAGACCUGUGUUCACUGCAGGCCUAUGACUGCUAGUGGGAAACGGAGGCCUAAUGGAACAGAUUUCGUGCACUACCUCCCCAUGUUUCUCAUAGACAACCCAAAUAUCAUGUGUGGAAAAGGUGGUCAUGCUGCAUACAGCACCGCUGUGGACCUCAAAGAGAACAAUACUGAUGUUGGUGCCACCUACUUCAUGAGUUAUCACACCAUCUUAAAAACCUCAUCUGACUACAUUGAUGCCUUGAAGAUGGCACGAGAGCUCACUGACAACAUCACACAGGCACUGGAGCCGCAGGACAAGAGUUACCAUGUCUUUGCUUACAGUGUGUUCUACGUCUUCUAUGAACAGUACCUCACCAUCAUCUAUGAUACUGCCUUUAACCUGGGGAUGUCACUGUUGGCCAUCUUUGUGGUGUCUGCCGUGCUUCUGGGCUUUGAGCUGUGGUCAGCAGUACUCAUGUCCUUGACCAUCGCAAUGAUCCUUAUCAACAUGUUUGGAGUCAUGUGGCUGUGGAAUAUCAGCCUCAACGCUGUCUCAUUGGUCAACCUUGUCAUGAGUUGUGGCAUAUCAGUGGAGUUCUGCAGUCAUAUUGUGAGGGCUUUCUCUGUCAGCACCAAGAGCUCAAAGGCAGAGCGGGCAGAGGAGGCGCUGGCACACAUGGGCAGCUCUGUGUUCAGUGGCAUCACCCUCACUAAGUUUGGGGGGAUCUUGAUUCUUGCCCUCUCCAAAUCCCAGAUCUUCCAGAUUUUCUACUUCCGCAUGUAUCUUGCUAUAGUGCUGCUGGGAGCUGCUCAUGGCCUCAUCUUCCUGCCUGUGCUACUCAGUUAUGCAGGUCCAUCUGUUAAUAAAGCAAAAGUUAUGGCUGCUCACAACAGGGUUGUGGGUACAGAGAGAGAGCGACUCCUCUACUGACGGUUCUGUAAAGCUAAAUGGCAAUUGACUUUGAGAGAAUACAUUGGAUGCAUGUUCAUUUUUCACAUAACGCACACGUCAACUAACUGACCUCUUCAACGUUGACUCCACUGUGUAUUUUUGUCCACACGGACAUUCUUCAGCCUUCAACCUUAACUCUCAAGGACCAGCAUGGAAGAUAAUUUCAGUAUUGAAACGGUGCAGUAACUGACCGGGCUGCAGUAAUUUCCUCUAGUGUGAAAAAAAACAUCAAUAUACGCAGUAACCACAUAUUGCACUGCAGUCACUCUGGUAAAUCAAGCAAGAGAACCAAUGAGAUGUGUAUGACUAAUCCUUUUUAUUUAUUUGUGUGAAUCUUGUUGUUUUGUUCACAUAUUUCAUAUAAUUACCUCCAAACUCACAAAAUAAUGAAAGAACCAUCAAAGGACAGCUCAACAAUGAGCAGCGAUGGACAAUCUCUUGAUGAUUUUAUUUUGAUUCUACGACAACAAUGACAUGUUACACAAACAUUCAGCUGUUUACUCCUAGCACUAACUGAACGGUGUGGUUUUGAAGCAGUUUAAACACUUUAGCCUAAGAUUAUUAAACAAGUUGGGAAUAAGGGUUGCAAUGGGGAAUGAAUAAUAAAAAAAAAUUUAACAAUAAUAAAAAGUUUUUUAAAUGUUUACUUCAAAAGUUGUCUUGUUCUGCAUUAAUUAGCAUUGAAAUGCUAAGAAAGGGAGCGAUAGCAUUAAUUUAGUCACUUACAGGAAUAUGAACAUGUUUGGUUAAACCAUAUAUUGAGAUGGCUCAGGUUUUGCCUGGCCAUCUCAAUUACUAACGCACAAUGUAGCUUUAGACCGGCUGCUAAACGUGUAUUUUUACCUCAAAAAAUGUGGUGAGUUUAACACUAUUGGAAUAAACCAUUUUUAUAUAGUGAAUACAUUUGAGGCAUAUGUAUGCACACGCAAAAUAAUAUUUUUAUGGGGGCGGUUGGCAAUUGAGUGAUUUUGGGAUUAAUAUGGAGUGUGGGUAUAUGGUUUUUCAAUUUUUAUGGUUUAGAGUUGGCAACGUGGACGUUUAUGAAGAUUUACACAAUCUUUGGAAGGAUGUGUAAUUGGAGCCGCAAGUUGUGUUUUUGAUAAUGGUCUUUGAUAUGAAGAUCACUAAUUCGUAAUAAAUUGAGAUCUUUGUAUACCUUGUUUGCUGUUGUC